CGCUGAGUGCCGCAGUCGCGCGCUUGCACUCUCAGCGGUAAGUGGUAGUUGUACGCAUUUGAUUUUAUUUGUUCGUUACAUCGCAUACCUGCUCGGUGCAUACUAUCAAUCAAUUUGAAUGGCUGAUUGAAAAGCCAUUCCAAAUACAUCGAGAGAAAACUUUAAUGCCGCGUCCACUACAAGGACCGGACAAGAAUAAAUUGUUCACUUGAAAUUUGUCGUGUAUUUCUUGACUCGUGUUAAAACCAAACCGCAGUCUUUGUGGAAUAUAUAUGUAUGUAUUAUUGAUAAAAAAAAAAUCAAGAGAGCAGUGCCGUGCACGUGUAUAAAAGUGUACUUCAUUAGUGCUACGUCACCAUAGGAUUUUUCACUUAAUUACGGACAGUGACACUAAUCAUCUGGAAUAUCACAAAGCGACGCGUAUUAUAUGGUGUUAAAAAUUGCAUCCGAAUUGAAGAAGGACGGCUCAACGAGUGAGGACGAUGUGGUUAAGCGGGGAAACGCGAGGAGGUGAUAGCGACUUCUGACCUUCCGUACUAGUCCCCAUCGAUGAGGACCUACAUCCUAUUUAAAGGAUUAACCAAGAGGAGAAAGUGAAAAUCUAAACAAAACAAAAAAAUACAAAUCUUUUUAAUCCUCUAAAGAAACGAUCAGUGACGUUGUUACCAUAAAAAAAACACAUACGUCACACACAUAUUACAACUCUACCUUCGAAAAAAUACCUCGUACCUACAAGUACCUUUAAAUUUACCUUCCGCAGCGCAAUAGUGCCUAGAUAUCCCAACGCAAGUAGAAAAGAAAAAAACAAAACAUUAUUUAGAGGAAUCAAAGAGGAUAAUUACAGAGAGAAAGAGAGAGAAAGAAAGAAAGAAACUUCAGGAGCAUAAAACAGUACACACUGAAUUGCGCUAAAAAUCACUAUAAAUGUAUAUUUAAAAAAUAUAUAUAUAUUACUUAUAUAUAUAAAUAAAUAUAAACACAUAUAUUUAGGUACUAUAAAGACACAACCACCAGCACCUAGAUACACAAAGCACGAUCCUCGUGUUACACUCACGCUAAGAUUAUUAUUAUUAUUAUACCUUUCGAGGAGCGUACCUUUUUUUCUCACGCGCACUCGUAAACAACCUGAUUAAAAAAAAGAAAUAAAGAAGAAAAAAAAUACCUGCACUGGGAAAAUCGUCGUACUCAUUACCUCUAACGUUGGAUAUAAACGGAAUUAUAAUAAAUAUAUAUAUAUAGAUAUAUAUAAAAGCGAGUACUACGAUUCCCAACUCUCAUCAAUCUUUUUUGAAACAUUGUAACUACAAAACCAGGACAUUCAAGUACCUGCAGACAGAUAUAUUUAUAAUUAUUAUUCAGAAGAAUCUAUUCUACGAAAAAAGUGUGUAUGAAAGUACGAGUAUUGUGACAUAACAGAUUGACAGUUUGAAAUUUUUUGAACAAUUUCAAGUGCUACGAAAGGAAGUAUCUUCUAUCAUCUCAGCUAGUGAUUAUAAAGCUUCUUCUUCUACUUCUUCUACUACUUCUUCUAUUACUACUGCUAGUACUACUGCUACUAGGACUACUACUGCUUCUACUACUUCUACGACAACAUCAACAACAAAUUUAAGAUACCUCAGGGGGACGAUCAGAGAUAGGAGGACGAAAUCGCAGCAUGCAACAAAAGCAGCAAACUUUCGAUGCUCACGUAAAGAUGCGACAUGUGAUAUAAAAGUUCUUGACAAGAGAAAAAAGGAAGAAGAAGAAGAAAAAAACCCUCGAGGAAUCUGAGGGCACAACCGAUCAUCAAUUUCUUCGAAGAGCGAGCAAAAAAAAAAAUAAUAAUAACAAAGUCAAGUCGCGCUGUACGAAAGGAAGAUAAUAGCUUUCUGGACCAUCAAGUCCUGAUAACAAGAAAUCUUUCGUCAUAGACACAAAACCACAAACCUACCCAACCUCUUAGUGCAAAAGGUAAUCUUGAGACAAAAAUCAAGAUCACAUCCAUAGAGAGAAGAUAUUUUCCAUUAAUCGCGUGCGUGAGAGUGUAAAAAGACAGGAACAAAAAAGAAAGAAGGCGAUUAUUUUCUUAAAGUGCAACAUAAGUGACUCCUGGUGUAAAUUCGCGAUAAAAAGGAAGUACGAGUGAUAACGAAAGUGUUGGUGGUGGUGUGGGACGUCGAGAGAGUGAUUGACAGAAGAGCAGGUCAGUGUCGGGAGGCCAGUGACAAAUAGAGUGUCACGGUGGCCAGCUUAGUGAGUGGAAACGUCGCGGUGCGCUACGAUGAGGCGUCGGGGGUGGUGGGGGCGGUCGUGCUGGCCCCCGCUUCCAGGCUAGCCGGCCCAACAGGGUCCAGUAUGAACAGCUCGGAAGGGCCCACCGGCGUGGGCGUUGCCGUGGGCGCGGGUCUUGUUGUCAAGGCCGAGUCCCCGGAACAUCUUGCCGGCACAUCGUCAACGGUCUCAACGGUCACCGGACCCAUCGGCACCGGAAGUAGACUAUUCGCUGGUAUUGCCAGUAGCAAUAAACGACCGAGGCCCGACGAUUGGCUCACCCCCAACAGUCCCAGUUCACCGCAGAAUUCAAUGGCCGCGCAACAUCUCAUCUACACUACUCCACAACAACAACUCAGUCAGCAACAGCAGCAGCAGCAACAACAACAACCUCCCAUUGCACAUUCAACGCCGAUUGGACAGAAUCAACAACAGCCAUCACAAGCGCCCAACAACAAUGGAUAUGCGAGUCCCAUGAGCUCCGGCAGCUACGAUCCGUACAGUCCCAACGGUAAAAUAGGAAGGGACGAUUUGUCGCCUCCGAGUUCGCUGAACGGCUACAGUGCGGACAGUUGCGAUGCGAAAAAGAAGAAAGGCCCAACUCCUAGGCAACAGGAAGAGCUCUGUUUGGUUUGCGGUGAUAGGGCGUCGGGUUAUCAUUACAAUGCCCUCACCUGCGAAGGUUGUAAAGGCUUCUUCCGUCGGAGUAUCACGAAGAAUGCGGUUUAUCAGUGCAAGUAUGGAAACAAUUGUGAAAUUGACAUGUACAUGCGUCGCAAGUGCCAGGAGUGCCGAUUAAAGAAAUGCCUUACCGUUGGUAUGAGACCAGAAUGUGUGGUUCCUGAGUAUCAAUGCGCAGUGAAGCGCAAAGAGAAAAAGGCCCAGAAGGUAGGGGAGAAGGAUAAACCUAAUAGUACAACGAUGAACGGUUCACCAGGAAGUCUCACUGGAAUUGGAACUGAGCAUAUAGUGAAAUUGGAACCAACGGAGGGCGAUUCACUCUCAAUGUCUGGUAGCAGUAGUGCCGGUAUCACAAUUGGUUCCCAAAAUGGUGUCAAGCCCGUGAGUCCCGAACAGGAGGAGCUCAUAAACAGGCUCGUCUAUUUUCAAAAUGAAUUCGAACAACCCAGCGAGGAGGAUCUCAAAAGGAUUACUAAUGCACCGACGGACAAUGAGGAUCCAAGUGACGUUAGAUAUAGGCACAUUACUGAAAUCACGAUAUUGACGGUCCAGUUGAUUGUAGAAUUUGCCAAAAGGUUACCGGGCUUUGAUAAACUGAUGCGCGAAGAUCAGAUCGCACUGUUAAAAGCCUGCUCGAGCGAGGUGAUGAUGCUGAGAAUGGCGAGGAAAUACGACGUCCGAACGGACAGUAUUGUCUUUGCGAAUAAUCAGGCAUACACACGCGACAGUUACAGUUUAGCAGGAAUGGGCGACACAAUCGAGGACCUCUUACAUUUUGGCAGGCAAAUGUGCUCCAUGAAGGUCAAUAAUGCCGAGUACGCUCUACUCACAGCCAUCGUCAUCUUCUCAGAGAGACCGAAUUUGUUGGAGGGUUGGAAAGUGGAGAAAAUACAGGAGAUCUACCUCGAGGCAUUGAAAGCCUAUGUGGACAAUCGACACAAGCCAAGGUCCUGUAUGAUGUUCGCAAAAUUAUUAUCAGUGCUCACCGAAUUGAGGACCCUCGGCAAUCAAAAUAGCGAGACGUGUUCCAGCCUGAAGCUCAAGAACAAGAAGCUGCCACCUUUCCUCGCCGAGAUCUGGGACGUGGUGCCCUAGUUUCCCGAUCUAUGGUCACCGGGACCUGCACCGGUUGGCUGAAAAAAAGAAUUAGGUCGCGCCCACAACACGACCUUCGAAGAAAGAGAGAGAGCGUCAAAAAUCGUCCCCUGGGACGAUGUUCAGGGAUGUUUUUUUUCGAGAGAGCCAGUCACAAAAAAAAAAGAAAAAAUUGUCCUGGCCAAAGGAGGCGGCGUACGUGACUUUUGUACUAGUGCACCAUUGUGCCACUGCCUCCGCAUCAUCAUAAUAUCAUCAUCGUAUAAUCGUCGUCGUCGUCGAUAAAAUAAUCGCUCCCAUAAUUUCUUUUCUUCUUUUCAAAUUAUAUAUACGACAGAAAGAGAGAAAAAAAAGAACAGUUUUUUUUCUCCAAUCAAGUGUAUAAAAACAAAAAUUCAUCUCGCGGUGAAUCGAGAAAGAAGAGGAAGCGAGAAAAAAAAUCGGGUUUUUAAAAAGUAAAAGUAAAAGAAAAAGAGGGCAGUGGCGAGGCACCCAGGCUGUGAUAAGUAGAGACAGUACAGAGACUUUAUAAGGAGCUGACUGCACUUAUACAUAUAUAUUAUAUAUAUAAUAUAUAUAUACAUAUUAUAUAUGUUAUAUAUAUAUACUUAUAUUUAUAUUAAACUAUAUAUCCUAAUCGGAUCCCCCUGAUAUCGAUAUAUAAAUAUAUAUAUGUAAAGUAUAUUAAUUAUUAAGGAUAUACUUUUAGGCGAGUGAGAGUAGAAAAAGAAGAAUGUGAGUCACAAGAGUGUGCGAGAUAAUUUUAGGGUAUAAGAGGGAUUAGAAAUUUUUUUUUUCCUUGUGAGUACAAAACACUGUUGAGCAGUGUUUUGGAGAGUCACGAAUUUAAGCGCGAAUACGAUAUAAAUAAUGAUACGAUAGAGUCUAUUAUCACACACAUAGCAUAAUAAUAUAUUGCUAGCAUGUACGUUGUUUAUUAAAAAAAGAAAAAAAAAGAAAAAAACCGAGGGAGAAGAGAAAGACGUGAGGGGGGGGACCUUUCAACAACAACAAAAUUGCGAAAUUUCCCAGGUGUGUACGGAGUGUGUGUGUGCUUGUGUUUUUUGGAAAA